AUGGCGGAGGAAGGCGGAGCGGAUGCACAGAGUGGGUCUUCAGGGGACAAGCUCAGUGCGCUGUCGUUUGAUAUUGAUGAGCUUGAUGACUCUGAAUUUGACAUUCCAAAAGUUGACAACGUUCCAACCUUGGAGAGCAUCCUGAAUGAGGUCGAUGACAGUGCAUCCAUUCUAGAAGAUGAGGAAACUUCAGUGCCAGCAGCAAGCCCAAGAACUGGGCUACAUCUUCUACACACUGGUGAAUCAGGAGAAACUUCCUCCCUGUCCAGCCAGGACAGCCACGAUUCCAGACGCAAAGUCAGGAGCAAGAAGCCCAUCCCAACAGUUCAUGGAUCUGUACUGAGACCCAGCAAGUUAAAGAGUAUCUCAGCUCAGCUCCAGUCCGCUGCUGACCGAGUGGAUGCAGGGAUGCCCACUGGGAUUGCUGUUUCAUCAUUAAUUGCCAUAGGGACAUCACAUGGUCUGGUACUUAUAUUUGACCCUAAACAAGUCUUGAAAUGGUGUUUGGGCAGCACUGUUGUGGGAGCCCAGUAUGGUUCUGUGUCAGCCCUCAGUUUCAACAGAGACUGCACAAGGUUGUUGUGUGGAUUUGCAAGAGGACAGAUCACAAUGUGGGACCUGACAACAGGGAAGUUGCUACGGACAAUAACAGAUGCUCACCCACCUGGGACAGCAGUAUUACAUAUAAAGUUUACAGAUAGCUUUGUUCUUGCAGUGUGCAGUGAUAGUGGUGGUUCUGUUUUUGAAUUGGAAUUCAAACGCCUGAUUGGUGUACGGACAUGUGAAUCACAGUGUCUGUUUUCUGGAAGCCGUGGAGAAGUGUGUACAAUUGAACCUCUUCACAUGAACUACACAAUUAAAGAUCAUCCUAUGCAGGAGGUGAUGGUGCUAGCCAUGGCUUCAUUCUCUAAGGUUCUGCUCGUCACAUUACGGCCACAUUUGAAGGUCAUGUUUACCCAUCCAUUGAAGGGAGAUCCAUCCACUCUUCCUUUGCUGGCAUGGCAGUUUGUCAUCAUUCAAGUCUCUGAGAAAGACAGAGUGAUAGAUCCUGUACUGUCAUUUGCCAGAGAUAAAACAAUCUACUUCUUUCAAGUAAUUUGUCACGGUCCUCAAGAUAUUCGAACUGUUGGUCUUCAGAAAAUAAUCGUCAAUUACCAGCUGCUCAGUAUUGCUUGGAUGAAUGCAAGAACUCUUGUGUGUUUAGACAGAACUGAGAAGCUUCACGUGAUUGAUGUGCGGUCAGAGGAGGAAUUAGAGGUAAUUGAUGUUUCUGGGACCCAGCUUGUGUAUGGCACUAGUUACUUCAAAUCUCUUGCCACUGGGGGAAAUGUCAGUCAAGCAUUGGCAUUUGCAGGCGACCAAGCCUGCUAUCAGUCAGUGAUCAGUCAUAGUGGCCAGCUGUUUUUGCUUGGAACCAAAGCUGUACAUAUGUUUUCUAUUCGUACAUGGAGAGAGAGAAUCAGUGUUUUGGUCAAAGAGAACCGUUAUCAGGAGGCACUGGCACUUUCUCUUUCCUUUUAUAAGGGAACAGCAAAAGCAGUGAUUGGUCUGACAGGCACGCAGGCCAAGAGAAUGGAGAUUGUGUCUGCUGUGAUGGUUGAGCUGUUGAUGGAGUACGUGGACUUGGCCAUAACAAAGACACCAAACAGUGGGAAAAUAGAGGAGCUUGAAGAUUAUUAUCAGGAAAUAGUGCCUGUCUGUGUUGAUUACUGCCUCCAUCUUGGAAAUCUGGAGCUGUUAUUCGAUCGUAUCUAUGAGCGUUUCUCGAAUGAUGUUAUUGCCAAAGGCACUUUCCUUGAGUGCCUGGAGCCGUACAUGCAGUCAGACAGACUGACCUACAUCCCUCCAGCUGUGAUGAAAGACUUUGUUGACCACUAUGAGAUGAGGGGGUUGCUGGACAGUGUAGAAUCAUGCAUAGUUCAUCUUGACAUCACCAGCUUAGAUAUACAUCAGGUUGUGAACCUGUGCUGGGGACAUGGCCUGUAUGAUGCCAUCAUAUAUGUGUACAACAAAGGAAUGGCUGACUUCACAACCCCCUUGGAACAACUUCUGACACAGUUGGGUUCUGCUCUCAGUACAGGAAAACAGUUAACUGACAUUCAUAUCAAGCUAGGUAACAAAUUACUUGUGUACAUCAGUUGCUGCUUGGCAGGUAGAGCUUACCCAUUGGGAGACAUUCCUGAGGACCACGUUGAAAGGGUCAAAGAUGAGGUUUUCCGUUGUUUGACUUGUCUUCACACCAACACUCCUGCUCAAGAUGAGCCUGUAUAUCCAUACUUGAGGACAUUGCUCAAGUUUGACACCAGAGAAUUUCUCAAUGUUUUAGCAUUGGCAUUUGAGGAGCCCGAGUUCAACACAGAAGAUGGCAUCCAAAAAAGGCAGAGAGUUGUGGAUAUCUUAUUACAAGUCAUGGUGGAAAGUAUAGGAUUCACACCAACUCAGAUCGGCAUCCUGUUCACAUUCCUGGCCAGACAAAUGGCACGACAUGAAAACACCAUUCAUGUUAACAGAGUUCUCUUUGAACAGGUUCUGGAGUUUCUGGCUAACCCUGAGGAUGAGUCCAGGCAUGAAGAGAGGCAGCAGGCCCUGAUGGAGCUGCUGCAGGCUGGCGGGUUGGCUCAGUUUAACGAAGGGCGCCUGCUCAGUUUAGCUCACACUGCCAGAUUCUACCGAGUUUGUGAAUAUCUGUACGAGAAGAGACGAAGCUAUGACAAAAUUCUAACCUGUUACCUGAAAGAUCCUGCAAGAAGGUAUCAUGUGUUCACCUACAUAGACAGCAUCAUGAAGAGCCAGUCCUACACAACAGAGGAGAAAACAGCUCUUCAGGAUGAAGCACUUAAAAAUUUGGAGGACUUGGUGAGCAUUGACUGCAAACAAGCAGCACACACAGUCAUCUCUUGCUUGUCCAGUGGUCUGGUGGAUAUAGUGCAGAAGCUGCAGUCCAAUAAGCCUGUGUUGUUUGAAUUUCUGCAAGGUGUCAUCUCGUACAGAGAUGCUCAGAGCAGUGCCCUCAAGCCAGAAAAGCAGAUGAUCAUAGAGCCACAAGUGCUGGAGCUGUACAUAGACCUACUGUGUGAAUACCGCCCACAGGAUGUAUGCAGCUUCAUCAAGAUGAAUGAGGGCUACAGAUUGGAAGAGGCCCUACAGAUUGUUCGUAAACACAAAGCUUGGGAAGCAACAGCCUACCUGCUGGAGAAAGCCGGUGACAUACAGGGAGCCUUUAGGAUUCUGUUGGAGAAUCUGCAGAAUCUUUUGAAGACAUUGAGCCAGCAGUUACAAGACUCUCCAAAUGAUACUUCAGCUACUCAAGUCCUGUUCUCCAAAGCUGAAACUCGGCUCUUCAUUAUUGUUCAAUUAUGUCAGAGGAAUUCUGGGAAGAUAGAUGAAGCAGCUAGAGAAGUAAUAAUUUCAUUACUUUUUUGCAUGUUUAUUUUUAAAACCCAUAUUUCCAUGGUCAGAAAACAUAUCAACAUGGUCAGAACCCACAUUCCACCGCCAGAAACUAAUUUUUAUUGCCAGAAAGCAUAUUUCUGUUUCAAAGAGAUGACUCAUCAUGUGUUAAAUAGUAUGAUGGGCUACAUCUCACCACCAGCCAUUCUGCAGAAAAUCGUGCAAGAUCCAGCCUAUAACACAGGAAAGUUUGGAGAAGUAAAGGAGCUCAUUAUUGGCAUGCUGGAGAAUUACAAUUAUGAAGAGACACUAAUGGAGACUUGCAAGAACCUUCUGUACCAUGACCUGCAUAUGCAUCUGCGCAGCCUGACACAAACAGCGAUGAAAGGGUUCAUCCCCAGAGACAACAUGUGUAAUCUGUGCAACCAGGACUUCACCGAGUCCUCUCCCACUGAUACAGUUUUGGUUUUCAGAUGUGGCCAUUCCUAUCACACACCAUGUCUGCGUGCUGUUGGCUCGAUUCAUGUGUUCGACGGCGAGGAGAUGUGGGUGUGUUACCAGUGCAACAACACCCGUCGGUCCCACAACAUUACCAGCACCAGGUUCCAUCGCUCACUGUCCAACGCUGGCCAGGAUGCUAAAGUUGGGCGGCGAGAAAAGAAGGACAGUGCAGAGCUGAUUCUGGAUUCACAGCACAUUCAAGCUUUUGAAAAUAUCAGGAAGUCGAUGAAGAUGCGAUCUCGGCUUGCAAUACUGACAGAGCUAGCUAAGCCAGAAGCUUCCGGUGGGCAGAGAUCAGGGACAGGAGUUUUCCAGCAUGAGAAUUUUCGACUCAAGCUUGCAGCUCCCAGCCCUGUGGCACCAAGUUAA